CAAGACCUUUCUUCAAACAACACUUGCACUAGUUCAUCCAAUCUAUCUACAAAUCUAUGAAUGAUAUAUAGAUAUAUAGAUAGAUAUUUCCAGAACAAAGUUCCAAUCCAUCAGAAACACGUAAACUGGCCGGUUUCUGUUGUUGUUCUUUGUCGUUAUCCCACAUUCCAUUCCAUUCCAUUUUUCCAACUAUAAAUUCGAGCUCUUUUUUCGUUUUUCAUUUUUUUUUUGAAGAAGUGAAUGUUACAUUUUAUUCUUCAUUCACAGAAAAGCAGUUUUAUAUUAUAAAGUGUUGUUUGGUUCAGCUUUUAGAAAACAGAAAUCUCAGAAAGGAGCCAUGGGAGAUAUAAGAGCUAAUCAUCAGAAAACUCCAUUAUUGGACAAACAAUUCCCAGAACUUCCUCUCUCUAGAACUGGGAAUGUAUGGACAGCAGUGGCACAUAUCAUAACAGGAGUGAUAGGAUCAGGAGUACUUUCACUCUCAUGGUGUAUGGCUCAGUUGGGCUGGAUUGCAGGCCCCGUGGCAAUGCUUUCCUUCGCCAUCACUACUCUUUUCUCGGCUUUUCUCCUCUGCAACUGCUACCGCUCCCCUGACCCCGAAACCGGGCCUUUUCGGAAUCGCUCCUACAUUGAAGCUGUUGAUAUGAAUUUAGGAAAAAAGAAAGCCUUAGCAUGUGGCCUUCUUCUGCAAUUGAGCUUGUACGGGUUCGGUAUUGCUUAUACCGUCACUUCUGGUAUUAGUAUGAGAGCAAUUCAGGAAACAAACUGCUAUCACAAAGAAGGCCGCGAAGCGACAUGUGUAUAUGGAGACUCUUAUUACAUUCUGCUAUUUGGAGUUGCUCAGAUUAUACUCUCCCAAAUACCGAAUUUUCAUAACAUACAAUGGCUUUCUGUUGUUGCUGCAAUCAUGUCUUUCACUUAUGCACUCGUUGGAUUGGGACUUGCAGCCGUGAAAGUUAUAGGUACCGGUUAUGCACAGGGCAGCAUAAGCGGAAUUCCAACUCCAAAUGCAGGUCAGAAAGUAUGGUUGGUAUCUCAAGCGCUUGGAGACAUUGCAUUUUCCUAUCCGUUCUCCUUGAUUCUCUUUGAGAUUCAGGAUACUUUGGAGGCACCACCAUCAGAAAGCGAGACUAUGAAGAAGGCGUCUGCAAUAUCUAUCACCAUUACAACUUUCUUCUACCUUUUCUGUGGAGGUUUUGGAUAUGCGGCCUUUGGAGAUGCCACUCCAGGGAACCUCAUGACCGCAUUUGGGUCGUAUGAGCCUUAUUGGCUCGUUGACUUGGCCAAUGUUUGCAUUGUGCUUCAUCUUGUCGGAGGUUAUCAGAUAUACAGUCAACCGCUGUUUGCGGGCGUAGAAAAAUGGUUGUCUGAGUGUCUCCCCUACAGCGGAUUUGUAAACAACAACUACGAGCUAAAGAUCCCGCCAUUGGGGACCUUCAGAUUGAAUCCCCUCAGGCUGUGUUUCCGAACAGCUUAUGUUGUGUCAACAACAGCAAUUGCAAUGGCCUUCCCUUACUUCAACCAAAUUCUUGGGGUGUUAGGGGGCAUGAAUUUUUGGCCUUUGACCAUAUAUUUCCCGAUCGAGAUGUACUUGAAGCAGACGAAUGUCCAAUCAUGGACACCAAAGUGGGUGAUGCUUCGGAUUCUCAGCGGCAUUUUCCUGCUUGUCACAGUGUUCGCCUUGAUCGGUUCCAUCCAAGGACUUGUUAGUGCAAAGCUAAGUUGAGAAGGGACAUUUUUAUUCCCUUUAGAAGCAGAGAGGGAGUCAUUUUGAUAUUUCCAUGAUAAAUGAUCCCACCCUGCAUUUAUAAUAUGAAUAAAGCUUUGCUAGAAUUCUUCUUUUUUUUUUUUACACAAUGAAAAUUGGGUAAUUAUAAUUGCCUAGUUGAGCUUGAUUUUCAUUUAGAUGUACUAAGUAUAUGUAAGUAGCAUUGUAGCAAUCCUCGGGAGAGACUUGUUUUGUUUUUCUAUCUCCUGGAGUACAAAUUUUAUGGCUGGUUGUAUCUUAAUGGAAAUGAUGACAUUGUUUAAUUCUA